AUGUCGCGGCGUGUCGCACUUAUUACGGGUGCUGCCUCUGGCAUAGGGCUGGCUUUGACAAAGGAUCUGGUCGCCAAGGGGUGGUACGUCGUCAUGGCCGAUGUUGACGAGAAGGCUGGUCGGGCACUUUCGAAGGAGCUUGGGAAUCAAGUGUUGUUCCAAGUCACCGAUGUUCGUUCUUACUCGCAACAAGCAAGUCUGUUCAAAACCGCCUUUGAGUGGGGGGAAAAUCAACUGGAUUUUUUUGCUGCAAAUGCCGGCAUUGCCGAUACCCACUUCCUCUACAGUCAAAAUGAAGAGUUUGACGAAAAUGGGGUAUUGCUACCUUUGAAGCUCGACUCCAUGGAGGUAAACCUCACUGCUGUUAUCCAGGGGGUUUGGCUAUUCAAACACUACGCUCGCCGAAACAAAACCCCCGGUGGAAAGAUUGUGAUCACCUCAUCGUCUGCAGGGUUAUAUCCCAUGCCAACGAACCCUGUCUACACAGCUACCAAACAUGCACUUGUUGGGUUAUCCAGGGCUCUAGGCCCAGUCUUUGCAAAGGAAAACAUUCAAGUCAACGCUAUCUGCCCAGCCUUUGUCCCAACUGCACUUUGUCCAAAGGAUAUGUUGGAGCGAUUUCCGAAGGAACACAUCACUCCAAUGUCGACAGUCCUCAGAGCGUACGAUACAUUUAUCAACGAUGGGACUCUCCAUGGACAGACUGUGGAAAUAAGCCUGGAUCACCUCUACUUCCGCAACAAGCCAGAAUACCCCAAUGAGAGUGAACGGUGGCUAUUGGAGGACUUUUCCAGUUUCUGGGAAGAAGCUUAUAAAUAG